CCGUUGCGCCGCGCCGGCCGGCAGUCCUAGCCCGUCUCGCCUCGUGCCCGAGUGCGCCGUGCUGCAGCGCCGUCGUCCCGCCGUCCAGAGCCGCCGCCUCCACGCCUGCUUGCGCCGAACCGUCCGGUCCGCCUCGAUCCCACCCGCCGACAAGCAGGUCGCCGUCCAGGACAACCCUGCGACCGUCCAUCGGAUUGACGCCGAGGCCAACACUCUACGACCGUCAAGGAUAUCCUCAGCAACAACCAUGAGGGAGAUCGUCCACCUGCAGGCCGGCCAAUGCGGCAACCAGAUCGGCUCCAAGUUCUGGGAGAUGAUCUCGGAGGAGCACGGCAUCGACCCGAGUGGCGAGUACCAUGGCUGCUCCGAUCUGCAGUUAGAGCGCAUCUCCGUGUACUACAAUGAAGCUUCCAGUAAGUACAACUAUUCGGAGCAGUUCAGCGCCAUGUUCAGGAGGCGCGCUUUCUUACACUGGUACACAGGCGAGGGCAUGGACAAGCUCGAGUUCACCGAAGCCGAGUCCAACUUGGCCGACCUCAUCUCCGAGUACCAGCAGUACCAAGAGGCCUCGGCCGACGAAGAGGCCGACUUCGACGACCACGAGGAGACGGAAGUGGCGGCGGAGUAGCCCCGGGCGGGGAAUGACAGCCACGGCACCCUGCCGAGCGGAGGGUGAAAGGCGAUGAGUGAGAGUGCAGGACUGUCGACUGUCGUUAAAACAACGUGAAGAAGCGUGCCGAGAGAAAAGGAAAUGCCUUGACUUUUGUUUCUGGCGGAAAGAGGAUGAAACGACAGAAUUAAAACAGUUGCAGACCCGGGGCAGAUGUUUUCUUCUAUUUGUUUAUGGAGGGGAAAAAAUACAUAUAAAGGAGAGGAGAGUCUGAUUAAAUGUUCAAAAUGUAAGAGGUUCUCUUGGUGGUUGUUAUCGAGAAUGAGAAUACUUUUAUUUUAAUUCAGACAAUUAAUUUAUACCUAGGAUAUAAUGUGUGAUAAGCCAAAAAGUCGAAUGCGUACUUCUAUUAAAUUUUAAAUGAAGUGUUUACAAAAGGAAAGGGCGGUACAAAUCACGUAUCAAAUACUUUGUUAUCGAGUAAAAUGACUGGUUUGGUUGUGUGUUUGUAUGCCUUUUUUACAUUUGUGUGAAAAUGAUCUUUUUUAUACUGUUAUAUAUGUAGAAUUAUAUGUUCAUCAUAUCGUUCAGUGUUGAAGCAACAUUGAAAUUCCCUAAGUCAAAUAAUUGAGGGUUACAAAUGAAUGAAACCAAUGUACUGAAAAAGAUCUUAAUGACAUUAUGCAUGACAAAGUGUGUCAAUAAAUUAUGAAAUUAAUACAUAA